AGAAGGGCUGUGGUGAAGCACGGAACGCAGACGACAUAGGCCUCAGUAGAAACACGUAUUUAGAUAUUAUCUUUGGAUAAAUGUUAUAAUUUUUGGGAAGUAUCCGAUCUCCACAAACUCACGGAUAUUAAGUGAUCCUUGGAUAACGAUGGAUGUGUCCGUGUGGAUUCUGUUCCCUCUGCUUUGUUUAUGGGAGGUAUCAUCCGGUCAGAUUUCUUACUCCGUCUCAGAGGAGGUGAACAAGGGAACCGCUGUUGGAAAUAUCGCUAAAGAUCUCAAUCUCAAUGUUCAGGAACUGGAGUCUCGUAUGUUUCAGGUUGUAUCUGAAUCGAGCAAGAAGUAUUUUGAUGUUAACCUGAAGUCCGGUGUUUUGUUCGUGAACGAGAGAGUCGACCGAGAGGAUCUUUGUGGGACCAGUGAGAAAUGCUCUCUGAGUGUACAGGCUGUGGCGCACAAUCCCACGAGCAUCUUUCGUGUUGAAAUGAAUAUACUCGAUAUAAACGACAAUGCACCUUCGUUCUCCGUUAGUUCACUAACAUUAAAUAUAACGGAAAACGCAGUGGCAGGAGAACGAUUUCUUCUGCCGGUUGCUGAAGACAUUGAUGUCGGCAUUAACUCAGUGAAGACCUACAAGCUGAGUCCAAAUGAACAUUUCUCUCUGGAUGUGCAGAGCGGAGGAGAGCAGAGUGUGUCUGCUGAGUUGGUGCUACAGAAACCUUUAGACCGAGAGAAACAGGCUGUAAUUCAACUCGUACUGACUGCUGUAGACGGAGGAAAACCUCCAAGAUCCGGUACUUUAGAGAUUGUGAUACAUGUCAUGGAUAUCAAUGACAAUAAUCCAGUGUUUAGUAAAUCCUUAUACAAAGUGAAAGUUGCAGAGAAUAUUAAUAUUGGAUCUAAAAUACUACGUGUCUCCGCAACAGAUAAAGAUGAAGGUAUGAACGGCGAAAUUAUUUACUCUUUCGUUGGACACGGAAAUGCUAAAGGUUACGACAUAUUCUCUAUCGAUCCUCAUUCGGGGGAAAUAUCCGUGAUAGGUGAACUUGAUUAUGAGGUAAACGUUGGUAUUGAGUUGCGCGUGCAGGCGGCCGAUCAAGGCCAGUAUCCUAAAACUAAUCAUUGCAAAGUUUUAGUAGAAGUACUUGACUUGAAUGACAAUGCGCCACAGAUAUCUACGACUUCUCUAAUGAGCACUGUGAAAGAAAAUGCUGAAUCUGGUACUGGCAUUGCUUUAAUAAUGCUGUCUGAUAAAGAUGGCGGUAAAAAUGGAGUUGUGAACGGCCACAUCAGCGGAACUGUUCCGUUUAAACUGCAGUCGUCUUAUAAAAACCAGUACUCUCUGGUAGUGGACGGACCUUUAGAUAGAGAGCGUCACCCCCAGUACAACAUCACCAUCACAGCCGUAGAUGAGGGAACCCCCCCUCUCUCUAGCACCAGUGUUGUUACUGUGCACAUUUCUGACGUGAACGACAACCCACCCCGCUUCCCAGAGCCCAUUGUCAACGUGUAUUUAAAAGAAAAUAGUCCAGUUGGAAACCUGGUGGUUAGCGUGCAUGCACAUGAUACUGAUGAAAACGACAACGCGCGUGUCUCAUAUUCUCUGAAAAGUACUUCAUCGCUAAUCAACAUUAAUGAUUUAACGGGCGAAAUACACAGUCUGCAGUCGUUUGACUACGAGGAAAUGAAACGAUUCCAGUUCCAAGUUCAGGCCGCAGACGGUGGUGUUCCUCCUCUGAGCAGCAACGUGACUGUGAACGUUUACAUCCUGGAUGAGAAUGACAACACUCCUGUUAUUCUCCAGCCCUAUUCUGACCAAGGCUCUGUCAACUCUGAGAACAUUCCCUACUCUGCUGAAGCGGGAUACUUUGUGGCCAAGAUCAGGGCUGUAGACGCAGACUCUGGUUACAAUGCGCUGCUCUCUUAUCACAUCUCUGAACCAAAGGGGCCGAAUCUGUUCAGAAUUGGAAGCAGCAAUGGAGAGAUCAGGACUAAGAGACGCAUGAGUGACAAUGACUUAAAAACUCACCCGCUGGUCAUAGUGGUGUCUGACAAUGGAGACCCUUCCCUGUCUGCCACUGUGUCUAUUGAUGUUGUGGUGGUUGAAAGUACAGGUGACAUGCAGACAACUUUCAGACAGCUACCAGUAAAGGAGGAGAGUUUCUCAGAUCUAAACCUGUAUCUGCUCAUCUCCAUAGCCUCAGUAUCAGUGAUACUUCUACUGAGCCUCAUCAGUUUAAUAGCGGUAAAGUGCCACAAGACAGACGGCAGUUUCAGCAGGUACAGCGCCCCAAUGAUAACCACCCACCCUGACGGGAGCUGGUCUUACUCCAAAUCUACUCAGCAGUAUGACGUGUGUUUUAGCUCAGACACAAUGAAGAGUGACGUAGUAGUUUUCCCCACGUCGUUUCCACCUGGUGACGGGGAGCUGAUCAGUAUCAAUGGAGGAGACACUUUCAGUAGGACUCAAACUCUACCCACCUGCGAGAAGGUAAGGAGAUCGCAUACUUCUAAAAGAAAAUUGCAGAAUGCAACGUCAAUGCUCUAAUUUAUUUUUUACUUGUAAUUUUUAUGGUUGCUGCAUAUGGUAUGAAGUUCAUGUUCAGCACCACUGUGCUGGACAGCGACAUCGCAAAGUUGGUACUCCCCUCUU